AUAUAUGCCAAUAAUGUAUAGGCGUCCCACUUAUUUUAUCAUCAUCUUGGAAGCAUUAGUAAAAAACAAAUCAUUUACAAGUCGCAUGGCGGGCGACGGCGACUGCGCGCGGUGCUGCUUCAGCUUCGUGGUGACCUCGGGGCUGGCAGCAGUGUUCCUAUGGCUGAGCCUCCGGCCCUCGAAACCAAACCUGUACAUCGAAGACUUCUCCGUCCCCGGCCUCAACAAGUCCGGCAACCACAGUAUCCUCUUCAAGCUGGGCCUCCGCAACCAGAUGAAGGACAAGGGCGUGCGCUACGGCGACAUAAGCCUCCUCUUCCUCUACAACUCCUCUCUCCUCGUCGCCAACCACACGCUCCCCGCCUUCUACCAGGGCCACGGAAAGACCGCUCACCGGAGUCACUCCGUCGACGCCGCGGGGGUGCCGUGGGCGGCGCUGCCUGCCAAUGGGAGCGUGAGGUUUAGCGUGAGGGCGGCGACGAGGGUCAACUUCAAGAUUAUGCUGUGGUUCACCAAGAGCCACGCCUUGCGAGUCGCCGGAGAUGUGGAUGUGGGACCCUCCGGGAGGAAGCUCAGGAACAAAUCGAUCAAGUUGAAGUCCGGCGUGGCGGGGCCCCGGAGUCGCUGCCUCAGAAUGGGCGUUGCUACGCUCUUCACAUUCUUCCUCUUGUAAUAAACAUUUUUUUUUAAUUGUUCAUAUUAAUUGGGGUUAUUUGGAAUCGGAAUCUGAUUCCCAAUGUUUGUUUGAGGGAAUUUACAUUUUGGAUUUUAAAUUUUAGAGGUAGUAAUAAAUUCUUACUCAAAUGAAACUAAAAUUUAGAUGUU